GCAGGAACGUGAAUACCACAAGAGAGCGUGGAAUUAUGGGCGUUUAACUUUUUGUGUUAUUGAGGUAGUGUCAUGGGCUGAGGAUAAUGGCAGAGGAAGCAGAGUCUGGAGCGGUUUCAGGCGAGGAAGACGAUGCCGCGAAAGAUGAAAUUUGGUGCCUGAGAAGAGUCGGAAAAAGGGCUGAGUGGCUCCGUCUGCCCGAGAAAGAAGAGGUGACACUUGGGCGAAGCUUUGAUGUCACUUAUCAAACCCUGUCAAGGAGCUGUCCUUUAAUGAUUUCCAGAAACCACUGCAAAUUCAAACAAAAUGAAGAGGGACAUUGGACAGUGACAGAUAAUAAGAGCUUGAAUGGCGUGUGGGUGAAUGGUCUGCGUAUCACUCCCGAGAGGACGCACACGCUGCACGUGGGGGACACCAUUCAGCUGGGAGUGCCCCUGGGUGGUAAGGAAGUGGAGUUCGAGUACGUUCUGGUGCGGGACUGCUUGAAGAGCGUCAAGCCUUUCUUGUUAAAGGAGCCGGUCGAGGAGGAAGCAGCGGGCUCCAGACUGAAAAGGACCAAGAGGAAAUACAGCGGGGGGGAACUGGACCCCGGGAAUACCUCCGACGCCAAAGCCAAACUGUCUCGCUGGUCCCAUGCGGAGCCGCAACCCCAGGGCAGCUCAUGUGCUGCAGUUCAGCAGCCGCCGGUACAGAACAUCCAGACCGCGGAGCCGGCUGGACCCAGUAGGACCCCCCCGAGCUCCCCCGCGGCCGCCGGCGGGUCAGAGAAGCCGCAGAAGAACGCCCACUGCAGCUCGGAGCUGGCCUGCUUCCAGAGGUACAUCAGGAAGAUGCGGGUGCUGAAGAAAAAGGUCCAGGAGACGGAGCGGCGCGCCGCGAGCCUGCAGGCCCAGCCGGUGCCCCCUAGCGAGGAGCUGGAGCAGCUGCAGGGCCGCCUGGAGGUGCUGAAGGAGCAGCUGCAUAGCGAGCAGCAGCAGCAGCUGCGCCGGGUGGAGCAGCUGGAGAAGACCUUCUGCGAGGAGGAGAGGCGGCUGGAAGAUGAAAAGAAACAACAAGAAGAAGAGAGCUUGAACAAGAAAUUGGACGAUGCUUUGCAAAAGCAUCGACAGGUGAUAGAAGAACUGAGACGUUCCCGCAAAGACUUUGAAGAAAUCAUCCAAGCUAAAGACAAGGAAUUGGAAGAGACCAAGGAAGCAAAGGAGAAGGCAAGAGCCCAGAAGGAAGAAGUAUUGACGCAGAUGGCUGAAGUGCUGGAGAACGAACUGCAGUGUAUCAUUUGCUCAGAGUAUUUUAUUGAGGCUGUCACACUGAACUGCGCCCACAGCUUCUGCCUGCACUGCAUCAUGGAUUGGAGGAGGCGCAAGGAUGAGUGUCCCAUCUGCAGGCAAGGGGUCGUCUCUUUGACGCGCUCACUGGUCCUGGACAACUGCAUCGAUAGGAUGGUUGAGAACCUGAGCUCUGAGAUGAAGGAGAGGCGCAAGAGCCUUGUAUGUCAGCGUAAAGCCCAGCGAGUGCCAGUGGUGCUCAUAAGUGACGGCGACAGCAGUGAAGUCUCAGUGGACAGAAGCAUUUCACCCCUCAUGUCUCUGGAUGAGACCAGCAGAAGUGUCAGCACUUACAGCUUGAGUACCAGCACAUUUGUCACAACCCAGACAGCCGAAAGGUCUGAGAUUAAGACAGCCCAGUCUUACUAGCUACUUUUCUGAGUGUGUAGUUUCUUAUUUGCAACAUAACUAUAGAGUCCCAACAGGUGGCACUGAAAAAAAACAGGAGACAAACAAUCCUGUAGUUGCACAACUUCCAGUUGCAUGUGAUGCUGUUGUGUAAUAAGCCUCGUUAUUAAUUGAAGGUGUCUAUUUUGCAAACAGAGACUGUGACUCCUAAGCAGUAUUUUCUUUUGUUUUGUUGUUGCUGUGUACUGGUUUACUUGAAACAUAAGUUAUGUUUUGUGUACCUCAGGGGCACUAUACCUUUUUGUUGAGUAACUUAUUUUUUGUAAUACAGAUAUGGCUAAUGCGCCACCUAUAUAGGACUUUUGAAUUUUUUGUUUGGUAUAUCUGCCUGUUUGUCUUAUGUUUCAAUAGUACAUUGUAAAUGUUGUGGCAGAUUGAAAUUUUAUUUUGGUGUUUGUUUAAUGCACACUUGUGUACUCUUAAUUCCUACAUUAAUAAAGUUUGAAAUGCAGGGGAGAAUGUA